AUGUCAACCGACCAAGAGGAAUCCGCCGUCUGCAUUAUUAACAGCACCUUGCCAAAGUAUCAGCCAAACGUCUUUCUGUGCAACCCAGGAUCCUCGUGCUGUACUCGACGUGGUAUCAUUGCGUGCUGCCAGAACGAUGUCUCUUUCAGUCAGGUGCUGAAGCAGUCUCUACCGUUUCUCAUUUUGUGGCUCAUCAUCUUCGGCUUGGCCUAUUUGGUUCAUUUGUUCUUCGAGGAUGACGAGACUGGAAAGCCAAUCAAUAAGGAGAAACCGUUGGAUGGAAAACUGGAACUACUUCUCCCAAUCGAGAACGACUACACAGUCGAGGACCCAGUCUUCGGAAAACUCUACGAGGACCAAGUACCCAAAAUGGCAACAAUUCCAAGAAAGAGACGUUGA